AUGGCACUGUUCUCAACUAACAUCAAGGUUCUUGCCAUUCAUCAUGAUGCUAUUCUGCUUGAUCGAAUUCAACAAAUGUGUGAUCGAUGUCAUUAUUUACUAACCAAAUGCACUUCAGCUUAUCAUGCUCUUAAUCUUCUUGCGCAAAGAAAUGGUUAUUUUGAUAUGAUGUUGAUUGAUGUUUGUAUGCCAGACAUGGAUUCCUAUGAGUUUCUGCGAUAUGUAACCCUACAGCACAGAAUUCCUGUCAUUGUGAUUUCUUCUGAUGGCUCAAAAAGUUCUGUCAUGAAUUCUGUAAUUUACGGAGCUUGUGAUUACUGGGUUCAACCUUUGCAUGAAAAACAAUUCAAGACCAUGUGGCAGCACGUUGCAAGAAACAAUUUCAAUGAGAAUAAAGCUGAACAUCAUGUUCCAAGUGAUCAACAACAUCAUGUUCUUGGAUUCUUGGAUGCUCAAAGCCCUAAAGAAGAUGAAGUUCUUGGAUUCUUGAAAGCACAAAGCCCUAAAGAAGAUGAAGUUGUUGGAUUCUUGGAGGCUCCUGAGCAUGAAAGAAAACGGGAGAGAGAAGAUGAUAAACCUUCAAAAGAAAAAAGUGGAAAAAAGAGUCGGUUAUCAUGGACGCCGCAACUGCACCAACAGUUUCUAAAUGCAGUGAACCAAGUUGGCUUUGAUGAGGCAAAACCUAGAAAUAUUCUCAAAAGAAUGGAUGUUUGUGGUUUAACAACAGCUCAGGUUGCAAGUCAUUUGCAGAAGUAUAGAAAUUAUUUGAAGGGACCAUCUUGUGGAAAAAAGUCAAACAAAAGUCAAAGAAUUGACACUCCAACUAAAACAGCAUCAGAAACUGAAGAUGCUAACUCAGUGUUACAUCAUGAGAACCAAAGUUGUCAACUGAACUCAACCCUUCAAAGUUACAAUAUCUCUGAAACACAACAAGAUUCAAAUCAUGACAUCGGCUAUAAUUAUGAAGCACAACAACAUUCAAUUCAUGUUACUGAUAAUCAAGUUUCUGACAUUAUUAACAAGGAUUUUCCUGGUGCAUCUGACUUGCUCUUAGAUUUAGAUGAUGAGUUAUUGUCAUUAUUAUUUUGA